GUACUGCAGUUGCAAGGUGAUCAGCGUGAAAAUAUCUGCCAGUUCCUGACCAGGGUGGGGCUGGUCAAGGCUGAGCAGAUAAAGGUGCACGGUUUUUAAUUUUAAUGUCCUACCACCACCACCACCACCGCAUACACCUGCUGCUGCCCUGCUGUCUGGUGUCCUGGUAAUAAAAAUCCACAACCAUGUGAUCAUUUCCUGCUGUCAACGGUUCCGGGGCUGGCACUGCGGUAGUACGAUCGUCAUCGUCACAGUGGCGGUGGCGGCAAGGAUGCGGCAUAACGUGCCCAUGCACAACACCAUGCAACCCACGUGCCACCACCCCCGAGCAAUAACAUCAUUAUCAAAUGAAUUUGAGUAACUUUAACCUCCCGAUAGAACAUGUAAAGGAAAUAUUUACUUGACAACUUUGAGACUAGAAUGUAUCUGGAUAAUUGUAUAGAUGUGUUCCGGGAAUGAAUGAUUAUGUUAGUGUGUGUGUAAGGACUGAUUUGAUUUUCAGGCUGUUAUUUUUCUACAAAGGAGUACUCAAAUUGGUUUUUAUGUUCUAUGUAGUGUUUUGGUGUUUUAGUAAAGCAUGUCAGUGACGUAUAACCAAAUGAAAACCUCAAAUAAAAGAGGAAAAUCUUAA